AUGGCCGUGCCUGCCGUUACCACCUUCCCGAAGUCUAAUGACAGGGAUGAAGCUUUUGUCCAGGUCUCUGCUGAACGGGCGAGCUCAGAGAAGCAAAACGACAAAGAGUUGGAUGUCAAAAACGAGCUCUCGAACGAUGAAUUGGCUGACUUUGCUGCCGAGAAGUCUGCAUUGCGCAAGUUUGAUUGGAUUCUGCUACCGCAGAUCAUGAUGAUUGGCAUCAUGGCAGCCCUUGACCGCAUCAACAUCGGGAAUGCCAGGGUGAUGGGGUUUGAAACGUCGAUUGGUCUCACGGGCUCGCAGUUCAACGACAUCGCCAUGGUUUUCUCACCCACGUACAUCGUGUUUGAGAUUCCUUGGGUCGUCGCUGUGCCAUACUUUGGCAUCCAUCGGGUCCUGGCGGUCGCCGGGCUCGGCUGGGGUGUGGUCACUCUGGGAACAGGCUUCAUCCAUAACUACGGCCAGGCGAUCGCCACUCGUGUGCUGCUAGGUAUAUUCGAGGCGGCCUUGGUCCCGUGCCUGAUCUUCAUCAUUUCCACUAUCUGGCCACGUGAGUCUCAGGCCAAGCGAGUCGGGUUUGUCUAUAUCGCCAGCUCUAUAUCGGGCGCCUUUGGUGGCCUCAUCGCCUACGCAAUCCAGAUCUCGGGCGAACGGCAUGGUCUCGAGUCCUGGCGGUGGCUGUUCAUCGUGGAAGGUGUCGUCUCUACCGGCCUCGCCAUGAUCUGCUGGAUCUCCCUGCCUAAGUCGGCCGAAGACGCCUGGUUCCUGUCCGAGCGCGAAAAAUCCGCCAUGAUGGCCAAGAAGCAGCGCGAAAUCGUCUACAAGGGCGAAGCCCUGUUCACCUGGGCUACCUUCAAAGUGGCCUGCCUUGAGCCCCUCGUCUGGCUGGCUGGCCUCAUCCUCUUCUCCAACGCUUCCGCCGUUACGGGUUAUGCCGUCUUUCUGCCCACCAUCUUGGCCGGCAUGGGUUACACUCGCGUUCAGGCCAACUAUCUGACUAUCCCAAUCUACGGUUUUACCGGAAUUGUAGUCAUGUCCGCUGCCUACGUCUCCGACCGGCUCCAGCGUCGCGGUAUCAUCCUCGCCAUCCUUCCGCUCUUCCCCAUCGUUGGUUAUUCCAUAGCUAUCGGCACUGCCAACAGAGCAGCCGGUUAUUUUGGCAUGUUCCUAUGCGCAGCCGGCCUGAUCUCUUUCACGUGCAUCUUCUUGACUUGGCUUUCCAAUAACAUCGCCCCGGAUUCCAAAAGGUCGGUCGCUCUUCCAGCGCUCGUCUCUCUGGCCAACAUCUCCGGCAUUUCCUCGUCGUACAUCUACCAGCAAGACGAUGCGCCACGCUUCGUCCGGGGUAACUCGAUCAGUGUGUCAUUUGCUGUUAUGGUCGUGAUCGGCGUGGUGGGCAUGUAUUUUCUCCUCCUCAAAAGAAACAACGAGAAGAAAAAACUGCUCAGUGAGGGCGUGACCGACAAUGGCUUGAUGGGCGAUCGUGCCCUCAACUUUGAAUACAAGUUGUAA